CACAGCUGCGGUAGGAACCAGUAAUCAGCAACCGAUUUGAAAUACAUAUUCAUGUUAUAAGAUUUCAGGACGACUAUUCCCACUGUGCAAGAUAGUGGACUAGACGUAUAACCAAUGAGAUGAUUGUUCAUAUAAUUUAUAUUUACGUAUAUAAAUGUGUUGAGAAAACUAUCGAGUUGAUGAUCCGUUGACGCUACGGAUUUAUCGUUAGCUUCCAGUGUCAUACACAUGAAAGUGCGCUGCGGACUUUUCUUAUUAGCAUGAAAUGGUCUUCGCUAAUGGAUUGUGAUCCGUUUAAUGUAACUCUGUAAUUGUGUAACAAAGACCUGCAAAGGAAACCCGAUCGAAGUGUUGAAUUUACACCACCUCUGAAGCAGGUCCGCUGGUGCCCAGGUGCUGACGUUACUCUCACAGAAUGUCGAUGUUGGUCCGGAAGGGCACGAUGGUAAGGAAGAACAGAGGUUCAUUGAAAAGGGGUUCGGGACGGAGGAUGCAUUCCUCUAGUUCCACAGGGAUAUCGACCGGAAGUACAAAAUCUACUGGGAGCUACGGUAGUUACAAGGGAUCGUCGACACCAGUUGGUGCUAUAAAAGCCGAAAAUGCCUGUCAAAGCUCGCCAUCAAGAAGCCUUGCAAAUACCGUUGUUUCGUUUGAUGAUCAACGAGAACUUUGUAAAACAGCACUUGGCUGGUCCUCCAGGGGAAAAUCGGUGGAUACGGAACAGGGAGGUUACGGUGCUAUAUUUAUACAGAUACAAGAAGCCAAUACAGAGGCGACAAGUACCUGUGAUUUUAUCUGUCGGAGUGGCAGACUUAUUUGUCAUACAGCUUUCAUUAUCGUGCUCGUGGGGAUAUCUACGGCGCUACCAAUCACCAUGCUAUCUGUCGGUGUGAAAUACCUCAACGAAUGUCCACGACAGAGGAGGAUUCCCGUGUACCUGUUGGUUGGUGGAUGUUUCGGCAUGGUCAAGAUUAUUGGAACAGUGUGGCAUAACAUUAAAAGCAAACGUUACGAAGAACUAGAUUCGUUUUACGAUGCGCAUGAAGGCGACGGCGCAUUUGCGUCACGAACCUUCCGGAUGAUGGAUGUGAUGCUGACUACAUUUUUAUUUGCCUGGCUUGUGGCGGGAACGUUUUGGGUGUUUGAUAUUUGGGAGCCCCAUUAUAAACAGUUACUACACGAGCCCCGUAACUGGUGCGACCGAACUGUGUACCUUUUCGCUGCCUACCAAAUCAUUGCUUCGUAUGCAUUCUUAUGUGUCCUUAUGAUAUUUACUGUUUCACUCGCGCUGUGCUUUAAGUGUAAAAAUAAUUGUAAGCGAAGAUAAUAGUUUUGCUUUCAGAGGAGAUUUUUUUCUAUUUAAUAAAAUUUUG